AUGGCAUUCAAUAAGAGCCUUUUCUUUAUUGUGGCACUUUCCUCCGUCCUCCUUUCAACCCAUGCUUUUAACUUCCCAGCAGGAGCCCCAGCUCCGUCACCGGUACCCUCCGUCAACCCCACCGGCGAGCUUACCAAAACCGCUGGCCUCUUCGGCGGCUUAGGCUCCAACCUCUUCAACCUCAAGCUGGAAGGUGAUGCAGCAAAAUUCAGGGCCCAAAUCCAACACUUCUGCACUGGCACCGAGAACCCUGUCCUCUGUGCCAAGACCAUUGCACCAUUCGUCCAUGGCUUCAUGUUCGAUCCAUUCAAGGCCCUUGAAGCCGAGAUGAAAAUCACCCUCAACGUCACCUUGGAGGUUCAUGCUAGCAUCGUCGUCGAAGUUGACAGCCCUGCCACCCAAGAUGCCGCCAAGGGUGCUCUCCAUGUCUGCAAGAGCUGCUACAAGAACAUGAUUGAAACCAUUCAGGAAGCUUUGGAACUCGUUCAGCGCUUUGAUGUUGUUGAUGCUUACUACAAGUUCAGCUCUGUGUUGUCUGAUAGAUCUGCCUGUGAUGAUGCUUUCGUUGAAUCCAAGGGUGUCACCAACCCCAUUUCCGAAAAAUCUGCUCUUGUUUAUCAACUCGGUGGAAACUGCUUGGCCAUCAUGGACGGCUGGAUCAACAACCACAACAACUUCUUGUUCUAA